ACUUGGCGGGGGCGGGCGAGAGGAGCGAGCGGCGGGCGGGCCGCGGAGACGCUCGUCCGCGAGCGAGCGGCGCGCCUUGAGCCUCGCGGGCCGCCAUCCCGGAAGUGGAAGGUAGAGACUUGCAGUCCUCCCGGAUUCCGGGUGCGGGUUCCUAGGACCUGUCUGAGGUGUGUCUUGACCUCCUGGAGGGACCGGGAGACUUGCGUCGCCUCACCGGGAAGAGCGAGCAUCUCCCGUGAGCUCUUCCGGCGCAGGGCCGUCUGCUCUGGCCGGAUGGCGACCUCAGUUUCGGUGAUGAUCUGAUACUUGGGUGGCUUACCAUGGCCCAGCGGGCACUGUGGCUCAUACGCCACGAACCGGGAACUCCACUCGGUGGCACCGUCAGAUUCUCCAGACGAUAUCCUACUGUUGAAAAGAGAGCCAAAAUCUUGAAUGGACAGAGUUAUGUUCCUGUACCUGAAGAUGGUCCCUUUCUUAAGGCAUUACUCUUUCAACUUAGAUUAUUGGAUGAUGAUAAAGACUUCGUGGAGAGGCGUGAUAGCUGUUCAUACAUCAAUAAAUCAUCUGUCUAUGGACUUUUAGUAGGAGGAGAAGAACUCUGGCCAGUCAUUGCUUUUCUGAGGAAUGAUAUGAUAUAUGCAAGUGUUCCACUAAUUGAACAAGCUCUGUCCCCUCGCCCAUCUUUAAUUAGUAUUAGUGGAAUUUCACAAGGCUUGGAACUGCUUUUUGGGAUACAGGAUUUUCUUUACUCAAGUCAGAAAAAUGACACUGACUUAAACACAAAAUUGAGUCAAUUGCCUGACUUGCUUCUGCAGGCUUGCCCAUUGGGUACUUUAUUGGAUGCUAACUUGCAGAAUUCAUUGACUAGUAUUAAUUGCUCUUCUGUGACUCAGCCACAAAAACAGCCAGCAUGGAGAGUUGGAGCAUACAAAGGAAAACCACAGAUUUCUAUUUCUAUCAGUGAAAAAGUAAAAUGCAUGCAGUAUGGUAAACAGGAUAUCGCAGACACAUGGCAAGUUGUUGGAACGGUCGCUUGCAAGUGUGAUUUGGAAGGAGUCAUGCCAAAUGUUACCAUCAGCUUGAACCUUCCCACCAAUGGCUCUCCACUUCAAGAUAUUAUCGUUCACCCUUGUGUGACUUCUCUUGAUUCUGCCAUUCUGACUUCCAGUAGCAUUGAUACAGUGGAUGAUUCUGCGUUUAGUGGGCCUUAUAAAUUCCCAUUCACUCCGCCUUUAGAGUCUUUCAACUUAUGCCACUACACUUCUCAGGUCCCUGUCCCACCAAUACUGGGUUCUUAUCACAUGAAAGAAGAAGAAGUACAACUAAAAAUAACAGUUAAUUUAAAACUUCAUGAAAGUGUAAAAAAUAAUUUUGAAAUCUGUGAAGCUCAUAUACCUUUUUACAACAGAGGUCCAAUUACCCAUUUGGAAUACAAAGUUAGUUUUGGCCAACUUGAGGUAUUUCGCGAAAAAAGCUUAUUGGUCUGGAUUAUUGGGCAGAAGUUCCCCAAAUCAAUGGAAAUUAGUCUUUCUGGAACUGUAACUUUUGGAGUCAAGGGCCAUAACAAGCAGCCAUUUGAUCAUAUUUGCAUUGGAAAUACAGCAUAUGUAAAGCUUCAUUUCAGGAUCUCAGAUUAUACACUCACUGGAUGUUAUGCAGAUCAGCAUUCGGUUCAAGUUUUUGCAUCAGGAAAACCAAAAAUAAGUGCAUACCGGAAACUAAUUUCUUCUGACUAUUACAUCUGGAAUUCUAAAGCACCUGCUCCAGUAACAUAUGCAUCAUUGUUACCAUGAUUUUCUCAUAUUCAAAUGGGAUUUAGAUGAUGGUAAUAUUCUGUAGUAAAAUCAUAGUAUUUUUAUUUCUUACAUGUAUUCAUAUCACCUGUGACUGAAAAAUCACUGAUUUCUUUAUCCAAACAUUCAUAUCUGUCGGUUUUAGUCUGAUACAAUGUGAAAGAAUAUUUUCAAGGCUAAUGUCUCCAUUUUUUGUUACCCUCUGUCUGUCUUCAUGCCAGUAUGACUCAGAACACAUAAAAGUAGUGAUUCAUUUUGAAUUACGAUCA